AUGUGCACACUGGCACAAAUCCUCCACGAAUUGAAGACGUCGAUGCAGAAGAACGACGACGCUCACAUUCGGAAUUUCAAAAAUCUUUUCGAAAUCAAAAGCGUCGAAAUGAACAAUACGAACAACACAACUACUAAUAAUAAUAAUGGCGCGAAAAGAAGAUUCCCGGUCAUCGGGAUGGCCGGAAUGUACGGUCGGGAUAAGAGAAAGAUAUGCAUCUCUCCAAAAGUAUCCGACCUUGGACAACAGUUACUCCCCGUGGAAUCCUAA